AUGGCGCGGAAAAGCAGAAUUCCGGAGCUUCCUCAGUUUUUUCUCAUGACGUUCGUCGUUGUCGUACAUUUAGUUGCGUGCCCAUUUACCAAAGUUGAAGAGAGUUUUAAUUUACAAGCAAUUCAUGACAUCCUGUAUCAUAGACUUGACUUUGACAAGUAUGACCAUCACCUGUUCACUGGCGUGGUGCCCCGCACAUUCAUCGGCCCGUUGUUUAUAUCCGCGCUUAGCGCACCAGUGGCUGCUUCACUGUCUUUCUUUGAAGCGUCGAAGUUUUGUUCUCAGAUAACAGUGAGAGGUGUCCUGGGAGUGUGCCUGUGUCUCACUCUGUGGCACAUGCAAAAAGAGGUACGGAGACAGUUUGGGUCUUUGGUCGCUGUCGUUUUUUGCCUCAUCUGUACAUCACAAUUCCACCUAAUGUUUUACAGUACAAGGACUCUCCCUAAUGUGUUUGCUCUGCCUAUAGUUCUGCUGGCAUUCACAUCCUGGCUGGCCCAACGGCAGGGCACGUUCAUCUCUCUCUCUGCAUUCGUCAUCAUUGUGUUCCGCUCUGAACUGUGCCUUCUGUUUGGACCCAUGUUGCUGAUGUCACUUAAAUCCAGGAAACUGAGUAUUGCAAAAUUGCUUUAUUAUGCUGUACCUGCAGGGAUUUUGUCACUGGGUCUCACUGUUGCAGUGGACUCUGUGCUCUGGAGAAAGCUGCUGUGGCCUGAAGGCCAGGUCCUCUGGUACAACACCAUCUUGAAUAAAAGCUCCAACUGGGGAACCUCUCCCUUUCUCUGGUACCUCUACUCUGCUGUCCCACGUGCCCUCGGUGCCACUGUCAUCUUUGUCCCAUUCGGGCUUCAGGACAGGCGUAUGCGGCUGCUUCUGCUGCCUGUGCUGGGCUUCAUCCUACUCUACUCCUUCCUUCCACACAAGGAACUCCGCUUCAUCAUCUAUACCUUCCCCAUCUUCAACCUGGUGGCAGCUCGGGGCUGUUCUUUCAUUUUAAACAACUAUCAGAAAUCAUGGAUGUAUAAAAUUGGGUCUCUUGCUGUAGUGGGACAUUUGGUGGCAAAUGGUGUGUAUUCAGGGCUCUCGUUAUAUGUUUCACAUCACAACUACCCAGGAGGCAAAGCCUUACGGGAACUACACAGAUUAGUGCCAGCCACUUCAGAUGUGUCCCUGCACAUAGAUGUACUUGCUGCACAGACAGGAGUCUCACGCUUUUUGGAAUUGAAUAGUAAAUGGAGAUAUGACAAGAGAGAAGAUCUGGCACCUGGUGCUUUACUUAUGAAGGAGUACUCACAUAUACUGAUGGAGGCAAACACAACCCAGAUAUCACUACUAAGUGACUCUCACCAACCUUUGAUCUUUAUUCAGGGAUACGAAAGCCUGGUACUCGAUGUGUCCCAGUUUCCACCACUCGGUAUUAAAUUGAGCAAUAAGCUGGUGAUAUUACAGAGACUGCGACAUCUUAAGCCCAGCUGAUGGACUAAUGAUUUCAAAUGCAUUGCAAAAAAAACCCAAAAAACAAACUGCUGUUGAACCAAUAUGGUUGUUUUGUGUAGAUGGAUAAAGGGUUCUGAAAGUUAUGGAAGUGUUUUUUUUUUUUUUUUAAAUGGACGCAAAGUAGAAAUGUGCGGCUGAAUCAACAUGGCAUUUUGUCUUGGAAGUGCAGUGCCAUGCUGCACAUAUUCUCGACUCUCAAGAAAAACUGGUUUGUGGGCCAUGUCUGCUUGCCUUUUGAGGCACCUGGGGUUGUGUAACGGCUUGGUCAUCUGCUCACCACUUCCUUUUAAAGUAAAAAUGUGCUAUUGGUGUAGAACAGAAUGCUUCCUGUGUAAGGAUGUAAAUACCUAGCACAGUGAUUUUGUAAAAUUAAUUUAAAUUUUAGCACUAAUCAGUGGUUCUGUUUUUUUUUUUUUUUUUGGAAAAAUGCUUCUUUUGCACUGUGGCAAAAUGGACCUGAGCAUUUAUUGCAGUGUUGCCUACAGUUUAAACAUAUAAAUGCAAAAGCUACAGCAGAAACAUGAUUUUGCACAUCAAAAUGCUGAGUCCCUUACAUAUCUGCCAGUUCAUCAUGAGUAUUACGCCACUAUACUGAAAACAUGUAAAAAUAUAGUAUUAGAAUCAGUUAACAAGGGUAAAUCUUUUAUUAAGAAAUAACCACAAAAGUUGUAUGGUUCCAGUUUGAAUGCUUACUCUUUAGCAAAUGAUUGGAAAUUAUUAUUUAUAAAAUGUACAUUAACAUUGACCCAUAAUUUAAUCCCCCAGAAAAAGACUUGUGCUUCAGAUAUUCAUUUUCAAACAGAUUGUUCACCCUGAAGUUACAGCACUAUGUUAUAUAAUGUUAAGAAAUUUUAACAAGUUCAAAACAAAGCUACUUCUAAUGGACAGUACCGUAAGCCACAAUAUCACAAUGUAAGGAUUAAAUUAAACAUUAAAACAUUUCAGUCACAGCAUUUCUUUUUGGGCCAUGUGUAUGUAAAAACAAAUAAACAAAAACAGUAUUCAG